CUCAAUCCUGGGGAAGCAAUUGUGGUCAGUCGAGGUACGCGGGCACGUUGUUCAACUCGAUUCAGUCCACAUCUUGAACCCUGCCAACAUCUGCAUCAUCGUCUCUUAAAACCAACUUGCACUCGCCCUCCUCACAUCAUCACAUCGUAUCAGUCCCUCAAGACCAGACAGAUACUUCGAAUAAACAUAAACAGUCAUGGCCCCAACAGCCCCGACCCCCGGCAAACGCCUCUCGGCCCGCGAAAAAGCCCUGAAGCGCCUCGCCGACCCCCUCCUCCCGCGCAAGCUCCACCGCGAGAACAACGUGGUGUCAGACGCCUUCAUCGACUCGAAAAAGGACAAGCGCACCAUCAAGCACAACGCCUUUGUGUCGCGGAUCGCCAAGACCGUUCCCGGUUCAUCUUCGGGCUCGUCUCGCAAACUCAAGCGGAGGCGUCCCUCGAAAAAGCUGGUGACGACGCUGGAGAGCUUGGGCGAUGUGUUGGGUGAAAUCAGCAACGAGAUCAGGGAGGACCAAGAGAGCGGCAAGACGAUGGAUGCGCAGCAGGAAGCGAUGGGGAGGGUGAGGCAUAAGAGCUUGAAGACACGGCCGGGGGCGUUGAAGAGGAAGGAAAAGGUGGUUAAGACGGAGAUGGAUCGGUUUGGGAGGAGUUUGGCGCAGUUGGCGACGGUUAAGGAACCGGCGGCGGCGGUGGCGGCGCCUGCGAUGGAGGUUGAGCAGCAGCAGCCGACACAGACACAGGGGGCACAAGCGACGACACAACAACCGGCGACGACGAAUAGGUGGGCGGCGCUGAGGGGGUUCAUCUCUGCUACUAUGGAGCAGAACCCUGCUUUCUUGGGCAAGACGGCAUGAUCGUGUCGGUCAAUGCCCCCUUGUCAUUUUGAGAUCACCUUGUUGUUGUUGGGAAUUUGGCGGCGUUGGAGAGGCAUACAUGUACCAAUUCUGUAUCAUUUUUUCGCUUCGAUUUUCUACCUAGACUAAACAGUACAUAUCCAUCUGCUCCUGCUCGUUCC